AUGGAGUGGAAAACAGUUGAGGAUCAAUACUUGAAAGACAACAAAUUUUUUUCACAACUUGUUGGUGUGUGGCCCGAUCAGGAAAGAGUUACCAAAUUUGUUAUACGUCUCGUCAUACUUAUAGUGCUUAUUAUUGCCGUUAUAACUGAGGUAUCACGGAUAAUAGUAUUUUACAGCGUGGAUGUGCUAUUAGAUCAGAUACUGUACCUGGAUAUAGGUAUAUGUAGUUUAAUCAAGCAAUGUAAUUAUAUUUUGAACGAAAAGAAGCUGAAGGAACUUUUAAACAGCAUCGUGACCGACCGCUUAAUGAAACGACCGAAGGAAGAACUAGAAAUUUUCGACAUGUACUUUAAGAGAGUAACACUCUUUUCCUCUAUAUACAAAGUCGGCGUAUAUUCUUCCGCUUUGAUGUUCAUCUCCAUACCGGCCGUACCACCAAUUCUGAACAUCAUAGCUCCUCGGAACCAGUCACGAGAUCGUGAAUUCAUUCAUCCAGCUUACUAUUUCGUUGAUGAACAGCGAUGUUAUUAUCCAAUAUUAGCGCAUAUGGUAUCAGUAGUCUUAGUAGUUUCAGCUCUAUAUAUAGCAUGUGACAUCAAUUUGAUUUACGUCAUACACCAUGGGUGCGCCUUGUUGAUCAUCAGCGGAUAUCGUUUCAAGCACGCGAUGGAUAACGUGCAUCAAUGUGACGAAAAGUACAACAACGCGUUAAUACAUGAAACUUACGUGAAAGUGCGUCAAUCCAUCGAAGUUCACAAAAGAGCUGUUGAUGAGCAUAGCAAUAAAAGUAUCGUGCAGUCAGUUGCUAAACGUCUUGUGUAUUUGUUUCAAAUUAGAUACGUGGAAAAAAUCAGUGCCUGCCAUAUAUAUUACUUUCUUAUCGUCUUGGGCAUCAUAAUAAUAGCAUUCACGUCUACUUUCGUAAGGUUAUCAGAGACAAAAAUGGGAACUCGAUUCUUGAUGUUAUGUGUGAUCACUGUUUUCCAAUUGCUUCAUCUGUUCUUUUUGACGAUAAUGGGACAGUUUCUAGUCAAUUCCAACGAAGAAAUCUUUCAAAGAAUUAAUGAAUCCCAAUGGUACAAUGGUCCGUUGAAAGUACAAUCAUUAUAUGUACUGGUGUUACGAAAAUGUUUGAACCCGCCCAUGAUAACAGGUGGGGGAUUGAUACCAUUGAAUUUGGACAGUUUCGUACAGGUUAGUUUACCAUUUUAGCAGAACAUCUAAUGACUUACUUUCAGAACCAACAAUUUAUUUCAGAUUUUUAAUAAUUCCAUUUACUGAUUCCAUUUCAGGUCAUGAAAGCAUCUUUUUCGUAUUAUACAGUGUUUAGAUCUACGUAA